CGCGCCGCAGCACAGCCGCCGGCAGCGCCUCGGGCCCCGCGCGGGGCGCCGGCUCCAUGGCGACCGGGCUCGGGGAGCCGGUCUACGGACUUUCGGAAGACGAGGGAGAGUCCCGUAUUCUCAGAGUAAAAGUGGUUUCUGGAAUUGAUCUCGCCAAAAAGGACAUCUUUGGAGCCAGUGAUCCAUAUGUGAAACUUUCGUUGUACGUAGCGGAUGAGAAUAGAGAACUUGCGUUGGUGCAGACAAAAACAAUUAAAAAGACGCUGAACCCUAAAUGGAAUGAAGAAUUCUACUUUAGAGUAAACCCAUCUAAUCACAGACUCCUCUUUGAAGUAUUUGAUGAAAACAGAUUGACGCGAGACGACUUCCUGGGCCAGGUGGACGUGCCCCUGAGUCACCUUCCGACAGAAGAUCCAACCAUGGAGCGACCCUACACGUUUAAGGACUUUCUUCUCAGACCAAGAAGUCAUAAAUCUCGAGUCAAGGGAUUUCUGCGACUGAAAAUGGCCUAUAUGCCCAAAAACGGAGGUCAAGACGAGGAAAGCAGCGAGCAGAGGGACGACAUGGAGCACGGGUGGGAAGUCGUUGACUCGAACGACUCGGCCUCCCAGCACCAAGAGGAGCUUCCUCCUCCUCCUCUGCCCCCCGGCUGGGAAGAAAAAGUGGAUAAUUUAGGCCGAACUUACUACGUCAAUCACAACAACCGGACCACCCAGUGGCACCGCCCAAGCUUGAUGGACGUGGCCUCGGAGUCAGACAACAACAUCAGGCAGAUCAACCAGGAGGCGGCCCACAGGCGCUUCCGCUCGCGCAGGCACAUCAGCGAGGACUUGGAGCCCGAGCCCUCGGAAGGCGGAGAUGUCCCCGAGCCUUGGGAGACCAUUUCAGAGGAAGUGAAUCUCGCGGGAGACUCUCUUGGGCUGGCUCUGCCCCCACCGCCCGCCUCCCCAGUGUCUCGGACCAGCCCUCAGGAGCUGUCAGAGGAGCUGAGCAGAAGGCUUCAGAUCACUCCGGACUCCAAUGGGGAACAGUUCAGUUCUUUGAUUCAAAGAGAGCCCUCCUCGAGGUUGAGGUCGUGCAGCGUCACGGACGCGGUUGCGGAACAGGCCCACCUGCCACCGCCCAGUGCCCCAACUAGGAGAGCACGGUCAUCAACUGUCACAGGUGGUGAGGAGACAACGCCAUCAGUGGCCUAUGUACAUACCACGCCGGGCCUACCUUCAGGCUGGGAAGAAAGAAAAGAUGCUAAGGGGCGCACAUACUAUGUCAAUCAUAACAAUCGAACCACCACUUGGACUCGGCCUAUCAUGCAGCUUGCAGAAGAUGGUGCGUCUGGAUCAGCCACAAACAGUAACAACCAUCUAAUCGAGCCUCAGAUCCGCCGGCCUCGUAGCCUCAGUUCGCCAACAGUAACUUUAUCUGCCCCACUGGAGGGUGCCAAGGAUUCACCCGUACGCCGGGCUGUGAAAGAUACCCUUUCCAAUCCACAGUCCCCACAACCAUCACCUUACAACUCCCCCAAACCACAACACAAAGUCACACAGAGCUUCUUGCCACCCGGCUGGGAGAUGAGGAUAGCUCCAAACGGCCGGCCCUUCUUCAUUGACCAUAACACAAAGACUACAACGUGGGAAGAUCCACGCCUGAAAUUUCCAGUACAUAUGCGGUCAAAGGCAUCUUUAAACCCCAAUGACCUUGGCCCUCUUCCUCCUGGUUGGGAAGAAAGAAUCCACUUGGACGGCCGGACGUUUUACAUCGAUCAUAGCAGCCAGGUGUUAUGUGGCGAGAGUGAUACCAGAGACUCAGUGCCCCCCUACGAUAGCAAAAUUACCCAAUGGGAAGACCCAAGACUGCAGAACCCAGCUAUUACUGGUCCGGCUGUUCCUUACUCCAGAGAAUUUAAGCAGAAAUAUGACUACUUUAGGAAGAAAUUAAAGAAACCUGCUGAUAUUCCAAAUAGGUUUGAAAUGAAACUGCACAGAAAUAACAUAUUUGAAGAGUCCUAUCGGAGAAUCAUGUCUGUGAAAAGACCAGAUGUCUUAAAAGCUAGACUGUGGAUUGAAUUUGAGUCGGAGAAAGGUCUUGACUAUGGCGGUGUGGCCAGAGAGUGGUUCUUCUUACUGUCCAAAGAGAUGUUCAACCCUUACUAUGGCCUCUUCGAGUACUCUGCAACGGACAACUACACCCUUCAGAUCAAUCCCAAUUCAGGCCUCUGUAAUGAAGAUCAUUUGUCCUAUUUCACUUUCAUUGGAAGAGUUGCGGGUCUGGCAGUAUUUCACGGGAAACUCUUAGAUGGUUUCUUCAUUAGACCAUUUUACAAGAUGAUGCUGGGAAAGCAGAUCACUCUGAAUGACAUGGAGUCUGUGGACAGUGAAUAUUACAACUCUUUGAAAUGGAUCUUAGAAAACGACCCUACUGAGCUGGACCUCAUGUUCUGUAUAGAUGAAGAAAACUUCGGACAGACAUAUCAAGUGGAUUUGAAGCCCAAUGGGUCGGAAAUCAUGGUAACAAAUGAAAACAAAAGGGAAUAUAUCGACCUGGUCAUCCAGUGGAGGUUUGUGAACAGGGUCCAGAAGCAGAUGAACGCCUUCCUGGAGGGAUUCACAGAACUCCUUCCUAUCGACUUGAUUAAAAUUUUUGAUGAAAAUGAGCUGGAGUUGCUGAUGUGCGGCCUCGGCGACGUCGAUGUGAACGACUGGAGACAGCAUUCUAUUUACAAGAACGGCUACUGCCCGAAUCACCCUGUCAUUCAGUGGUUCUGGAAGGCUGUGCUGCUGAUGGACGCCGAAAAGCGUAUCCGGUUACUGCAGUUUGUCACGGGGACAUCCCGAGUACCUAUGAAUGGAUUUGCCGAACUUUAUGGUUCCAAUGGUCCUCAGCUGUUUACAAUAGAGCAGUGGGGCAGUCCCGAAAAACUGCCCAGAGCUCACACAUGCUUUAAUCGCCUUGACUUACCUCCAUACGAAACCUUUGAAGAUUUGCGAGAGAAACUUCUCAUGGCCGUGGAAAAUGCUCAAGGAUUUGAAGGGGUGGAUUAAGCGGCACCCCAUGCCUCGGGGGUGGUUGUUCUUUCGAGCAAGUUCUGCUUGCACUUUUGCAUUUGCCUAACAGACUUCUGCGGAGAUGCUGGCAGAAGAGCAGCUGCAGGCGUGGACCCUGGAGCUGAGCCUUCGCCCGCGCACUCGUCCAAGUUCAGACGCGGGAGCCCGGUCCCAGCUCGAGUCCCUGCACUUCCCACCACAAAUUACCGACUGGUUGAUAUGUACACUAAUUACAUUUCAGGAGGACUUAUGCUAUUUAUGUUGUGCCUCUGCAGGCAAAGCCCUUAAUAAAUAUUUUACAUACUUUCUAAUGA